AUGUCUUCUUCUGAAGCAUCAAAAAAGACAUAUUGGAUCCCCAACAUAGACAUACACAGAAAGGUGAUUGUUGCGGAAAUACGCUACUAUCUCGGACCUGAGGCCAGCGUGCGCACUUAUCAAAACGAGGGCGAGGAUGGCUUCCUGAUAACCACUCCAGGGCCAUGCCUCUCUGAUGAACAAAUCGAUGAUAUUUGCAACAAGUCUCGCGAAAUGUACAAAAAACAGGCCGAGGCCCGUCAAUCAUCCGGUAGCGGUGGUAGCAGCAGCGCCGACGCUGAGCAAAAGACUCUCAAGCGCCCCUGGCACAAGCCAGUGGUGAUCAGCCGAGGCGGAUCCAACGCACGAAACCCUCAAAGGCGGCACAGGAGGGAUGACGAGAGAGGCGGCCGCAGCAGACGCCCAGGCUGACCAACGAAUACACCCCGGAGUUCGGUGGAAGAACCAAAAAUGUGUGCAGGUUGGAGCACUCAAUAAAGCUUGGCGCUGCCAAAGAGGGCGCAAGAUUGGUGAGAUGGCGCAUCGCCGAUGCAGUGGGCCGG